AUGUUCACAACUCAGGUUCACGAACACUGGAAUCUUGCACCACGGAAGAAGGGUGAAAGAAGCGUAGACGAUGCAGGCAGUUGGAAGAGUGAACGAAAACUGUUAAAUCGAACCGCAGAGGAUGGGCCCCAUGUGCUGCUAGUCGUACGAGAGGAGAGGAUUGGUGCAGCGCAACGCAGGGGCCGCCAAUCAGAGCCGGGAGAGUUUCUGCUCGUUCGAUACAACCACGCCAAGCGACCGAUGAGAAAUGUCUCUGUAGCAGCCACCGAGCAGGAAGUCCAGUGGAGGCGACAGAGAGGCAGACAAGAGGGGGAGUCUGCCACACAAAACGAAGAUGAGAGAAGGAGAUGGAGACGAAAUGGGAUGAGGUAUAAGUUGGAAAAACGUGACCCGUGGUAUAAUGUCUGGUAUUACCCACUAUCACAGCUGCAUACGGCCCGUACAUAUACGGGCCAUUCAAUGGGUGGUAUUUGUAAUACCAUACGGAUUACGAUCAAAAAUAUGUUACAACGUAAUCCGUAUGCCCUGCCCACCAAUUCGCGGUAA